GGAAAUUCCAACCAUACCCAAAUUCAGAGGCUCAGAGUGAUAGCAACAGAAAAUUAUAGAAAUAAAUAAAUAAUUAAAAAAAGAAAUCGUUGAACGAAAGAGGGGGAAAAGAUUUCUUCCUCUCCGUGGAAGCAAGAAUCAGGAAAACGACGUCGCCGCCGCCGGAAUAUGGAUAAUAUUGGAGAGGAUUACAGCUACUACUGGGAGACUAACAUCGUCCUACCAGCAGAGGAGAUUGACAGUUGGGGAUUGGAUGAGGCGAUUUCCGGUUACUAUGAUUCGAGUUCGCCGGAGGGAGUUCUGUCGUCGUCGGCGGCGUCGAAGAACAUACUAUCGGAGAGGAACAGGAGGAGGAAGCUCAACGAGAGGCUUUUCGCGCUUCGAUCGGUCGUCCCCAAUAUUACUAAGAUGGACAAGGCUUCGAUCAUAAAGGAUGCGAUUAAUUACAUCCAGGAUUUGCACGAACAAGAGAGGAGGAUUCAGGCUGAAAUUUACGAGAUCGAAUCGGGAAAAUUUAAGAACAUAACCGGGUACGGUUUCGACCAGGAGCUCCCAUUGUUGCUCAGAUCAAAGAGGAAGAAAACAGAGCAGUUCAGCUAUGAUUCUGCUGCUUCAAGAACUUCCCCCAUUGAAGUGCUAGAUCUGAGUGUGACAUAUAUGGGGGAGAGAACAAUGGUGGUGAGUUUGACAUGCUGCAAAAGAGCAGAUUCAAUGGUUAAACUGUGUGAAGUUUUUGAAUCACUGAAGCUCAAGAUUAUUACUGCCAAUAUCACUGCUGUCUCUGGAAGGCUUUUGAAAACUGUCUUCAUUGAGGCUGAGCAAGAGGAGAGAGACUACUUGAAGAUUAAAAUAGAAUCAGCCAUUGCACGUCUUAGUCUUAGUGAUCCACAGAGCCCUAUGAGCAUCUGAACCAAAAAAUGGAAAACGCACUGAAAAGAGUGAGUUCGAUGCAUGAAAAUCAUCUUGACUUUUGGCUGGGGAAUGUUUGAAAACUGGGUCUCUCUCCCUCCCUGAUCACAGUUCUUCAUUUUGCUCUUUCUUGGAGUUGUCACAUAAUUGUUUUCCUUGGUGAAAGAGUUUUCCUUUCGGGAUGGUUCAGAGAAUUCAUCUCACAGGCCAAAGAAGAAAUCAAAUAUAGGAAAUGUAGCGUCUUGAUGUAAAAUCGUCCAUGUCGAAUAGUUGAGCCCUCUACAUAAUAAAAUAUUGCCCUUUGACAA